GUUUACACAUGUGUCUGUAACACUGAGAAGCAAGAGGAGCCCAGCAAACUUGGAGGGAGUGAAAUUAGAUGAUUAAUCAAAACAUUAAUUUAGGCUUGGUUCAGAAACUAAUGGAAGAAAUACAGAUUUUUGAGACCCAACCAAGACAACAUUAUGAAUUGGCUGGAUGUUGCCUACCAGAUGGCCAUUUUGGUAAUUCAAAUCCGCCAUCUCAAAGUUUCUACCUGUAUUCAUCUUGUUAUCCAUACACGCAUACGAAUUACAGCAGUGACUGGGAAAUUUCUGAAGCAGUAAAAAUUCAGGAACUGGAAGAAGUCAAAGCCAGAGCUGCUCAAAUGGAGAAGACCAUGCAAUGGUGGUCAGAUUGUACUGCUAACUGGAGGGAGAAAUGGAGCAAAGUUAGAGGAGAAAGAAAUAAAGCUCAAGAGGAAGCAAGACAAUUGAGAAUCAAAUUAGAUAAUGUUAUGAAAGAACUGAGUAUGCUUAGGAAAAUAAAUCAGGAUUUAGUAAGUGAGAAGAGAAACUUGGAAGAUGCAACUGGUUGGAAAACAGAAUUCAGUUGCUCAGAUAUAUCUUAUAUUAAAAAAGACCUAAACCAGUUAGCAUUUCUGGAACAAGAACCUGUGAAUGAACUGAGCAAAAUUAACAAGAUUCAUGGAACAGAAGACACAAAGGUAAAGAAUGGGGAAUUGUUUCAGGAUGUAUUCAAAGACCAAAGCAAUUGCAAUCAAAAAAUCACUCCAAAGCCUCCCAGUUCCUUUCCCAAUGUUGUUCCCAGCACCUAUUUGGAGGAACAUAAAAAAAGUUUGAACAGUACAGCUGAGACAACAGAGAAUGAUUUAAUACAUGUUUCAGCCUUGCAUUUGCAGUUGGCUGAUAUGAAGAAAAUCUUACGGAAGGAAAGAGAAAUGAAUGCAUUUCUGGAAAAAGAAAUGGAAAAUAUAGAAAAUGAAUUAUAUCAUUGGAAAUGGAAAUAUGAAGAACUGCAUCAAACCAAGCUGGAAAGUCUGAAACAGCUGGAAAGACUGCAGUUUAAAAAUACCUCUGGAUGGAGGAAGAGAGAGAUACCUGAAGCAGAAAAGCAGAGUUUGGAAGAAGAGAACAGAAGUUUGAAAUUGCAGAGUCGAGAGACAGAAGAAAGUAAACUCAGGAUCUGGGACCAGACAAAGUUAUUUGGAUGUUGCUGGAAAGUCUACCAAGAAAGCGAGUGAAGAUGCAGGAGAUCAUCAAACAGCCCUGCAGCAAAAAAAGCUAACAGUAAAGAGGAGGGACAAUAAAAGUAAACUCUUAAUAAAGACUUAAAGGAAAAUUUCAUUGAAGAAGUGCAUGCCAGACAUAUGCAGGAA